AAUGAUCCGAUUCUUCGACGAAAGGGACGAAGAACAAAGGUUGAAUUCAAAUCUCUCUCUCUCUCUCCUCUUCUCGUCUCUUCUCUCUCGCGUGAGAGCAGGCGCUGAAUUUUCCAGAUCUCAUCGUUCAAUUCAAACUCAAAGCUAGGGAGCGAGAGAGAUAUCAGAGGGAGAGAGAAUCGUUCGGAGAAGAAGAAGAAGACGACGCCGGAGCUGAAACAAUGAUUACGAUCCCAUACCUUACAGCUGUAUCAACGUAUUUCAGCUACGGCUUGCUCUUCGCCUUUGGCCAGCUUCGCGAUUACUCUCGCCUUAUCUUCGAUUGGUGGCGCACCAACAAUCUCCAGGGAUACGCACCGAUCUGCUUGGCGCAUGAGGAUUUCUACAUCAGACGAUUGUAUCAUCGUAUUCAGGACUGUUUUGGACGUCCUAUAUCAAGUGCACCUGAUGCCUGGGUUGAUGUGGUUGAGAGAGUCUCUGACGACAACAAUAAGACGCUUAAGCGAACAACAAAGACUAGCAGGUGCCUUAAUCUGGGGUCCUACAAUUAUCUUGGAUUUGGUUCUUUUGAUGAAUAUUGCACGCCUCGUGUUAUCGAGUCUUUGAAGAAAUUUUCAGCUAGUACAUGUAGCUCUCGUGUUGAUGCAGGAACUACAUCUGUGCAUGCAGAACUUGAGGAAUGUGUUGCUAAAUAUGUGGGACAACCUGCUGCUGUUGUCUUUGGCAUGGGUUAUGCAACAAACUCGGCUAUCAUUCCUGUCUUGAUUGGAAAGGGAGGGUUGAUAAUUAGCGAUUCUUUGAACCAUACUUCAAUUGUCAAUGGUGCUCGAGGUUCUGGAGCCACUAUCCGUGUUUUCCAACACAACACACCUGCUCAUUUGGAAAAAGUAUUGAAAGAACAAAUCGCUGAGGGACAACCGAGGACACACAGACCGUGGAAGAAAAUUAUUGUUGUUGUUGAGGGUAUCUACAGCAUGGAAGGGGAAAUUUGUCAUCUGCCCGAGAUUGUCUCAAUUUGCAAGAAGUAUAAGGCAUAUGUUUACUUGGACGAAGCUCACAGCAUUGGAGCAAUUGGCAAGACAGGAAGGGGUGUUUGUGAACUCCUGGGAGUUGACACUGCUGAUGUAGACAUAAUGAUGGGAACUUUCACAAAAUCUUUCGGGUCUUGCGGUGGCUAUAUUGCCGGAUCCAAGGACCUCAUCCAAUAUUUGAAGUACCAUUGCCCUGCUCACCUGUACGCAACUUCAAUUUCAACUCCCUCCGCACAGCAAAUCAUAUCGGCCAUAAAAGUUAUCCUUGGAGAGGACGGUUCAAACAGAGGUGCACAAAAAUUAGCUAGAAUAAGGGAGAACAGUAACUUUUUCAGGGCUGAGUUGCAGAAGAUGGGGUUUGAGGUUCUUGGUGACAAUGAUUCCCCAGUCAUGCCAAUAAUGCUUUACAAUCCAGCAAAAAUCCCAGCCUUCUCAAGGGAAUGUUUGCGAGAAAACUUGGCAGUUGUGGUCGUCGGUUUCCCUGCUACACCUCUAUUGCUAGCCAGAGCUCGUAUUUGCAUAUCAGCAUCUCACUCAAGAGAAGAUCUCAUUAAAGCCCUACAGGUUAUAAGCAAAGCUGGUGACCUUACCGGGAUCAAAUAUUUUCCGGCAGCUCCAAAGAAGCAAGACCAAGACAAAAAUGGGAUAAAAUUGGAUUAAAACAGUAAUGCAUCAGUUUCUUUCCGGAAGAGGUUUGACUAGCAAUCAAUUAUAGCGUAUUAGCGUACAAUUUCAUGGCUGUCUGUCUUUGUUUUGUCGUCCUCUUACUUGUUUGUGAAACAUGUGAUUGUUGUCUUCUUCCUUAUUCCUGUUUUCUUUUGGUUUUGUAAGAGUUAAUUGUAUAGUUUCCCUCUUAAAUUGUUGCCCAAAAUUACAGAUGCUAUCGAAGACAUUUGUGCUUCUGCUUCA